AUCUUGAAAUGUAUUAGCCAGCUGGAACUAGCGCAACUUAUAGGAACUGGAGUGAAAACUCGGUAUUUAUCUGGCUCUGGACGUGAAAGGGAAGGAAGCAUUAAAGGCUAUGCAUCUGGAGGGGAAGAGUUUAUGGGCCUGGGAUUAGGUAACCUUGUUGGAAGUGGAGCUGAUAAACGGUAUAUGGCGAGUAUUCAAGAGUCUGUGGGAGAGACCAGUUCACAGAGUGUAGUGGUAGCAGUAGACAGGAUAUUUACAGGAUCGACUAGGCUGGAUGGAAAUGCAAUAGUUGACUUUGUUCGAUGGCUGUGUGCUGUUUCCAUGGAUGAGCUGGCUUCCCCACACCAUCCACGCAUGUUCAGCCUGCAGAAGAUAGUGGAGAUAUCGUAUUACAACAUGAAUCGCAUUAGACUGCAGUGGUCAAGGAUUUGGCACGUGAUUGGAGAUCACUUCAAUAAGGUUGGAUGUAACCCUAAUGAAGAUGUCGCCAUCUUUGCAGUAGACUCAUUAAGGCAGCUGUCAAUGAAAUUUCUUGAGAAGGGAGAGUUAGCCAACUUCCGCUUCCAGAAAGACUUCCUAAGGCCUUUUGAGCAUAUUAUGAAGAAAAACAGAUCUCCAACUAUUCGGGACAUGGUAAUACGCUGUAUUGCUCAGAUGGUGAACUCUCAAGCUGGUAAUAUUCGUUCAGGCUGGAAAAAUAUCUUUGCAGUCUUUCAUCAAGCGGCAUCAGACCAUGAUGGGAAUAUUGUGGAGCUGGCCUUUCAGACUACAGCACAUAUAGUUACAAAUAUUUUUCAACAGCAUUUUCCAGCAGCAAUUGAUUCAUUUCAGGAUGCAGUAAAAUGUCUUUCUGAGUUUGCCUGUAAUGUUGCAUUUCCGGACACCAGCAUGGAAGCUAUUAGACUUAUUCGGUAUUGUGCAAAAUAUGUUUCAGAAAGACCACAGGUAUUGAGAGAAUACACAAGUGAUGACAUGAAUGUUGCUCCUGGGGACAGAGUAUGGGUCAGAGGAUGGUUUCCCAUUUUAUUUGAACUUUCUUGUAUCAUCAAUCGUUGCAAAUUAGAUGUUCGAACAAGAGGCUUAACAGUGAUGUUUGAAAUAAUGAAGAGUUAUGGUCAUACCUUUGAAAAGCACUGGUGGCAAGAUCUGUUCAGAAUUGUGUUUCGGAUUUUUGAUAAUAUGAAACUCCCUGAACAACAAACAGAGAAAUCUGAAUGGAUGACCACUACAUGCAACCAUGCACUUUACGCAAUCUGUGAUGUAUUUACGCAAUUUUAUGAAGCUUUAAAUGAGAUCCUUCUUCCUGACAUACUUGCACAGUUACACUGGUGUGUAAAACAAGAUAAUGAGCAGUUGGCUCGAUCAGGUACAAACUGCCUAGAAAACCUGGUAAUACUAAACGGACAGAAAUUCAGCCCUGAGGUCUGGGGCCAGACAUGCAAUUGUAUGCUAGAAAUCUUCAAAACUACUAUUCCUCAUGUCUUGCUGACAUGGAGGCCUGCAGGAAUGGAGGAAGAUUCAGCUGAAAAACACUUGGAUUUAGACCUAGAUCACCAGUCUUUAAGCAGCAUGGAUAAAAAUGCUUCAGAAAGAGGACAAAGUCAGUUUUCAAAUCCAACAGAUGAGAGUUGGAAAGGUGGACCUUAUACAAAUCAGAAACUAUUUGCUGGCCUCCUUAUAAAGUGUGUGGUACAGCUGGAAUUGAUACAGACCAUUGAUAAUAUAGUGUUCUAUCCAGCAACAAGCAAGAAGGAAGAUGCUGAGCACAUGGCUGCAGCUCAGAGAGAUGCGUUGGACGCAGAUAUCCACAUUGACACAGAAGACCAAGGAAUGUAUAAAUAUAUGUCUUCACAUCACCUGUUUAAGUUACUAGAUUGUCUGCAAGAGUCUCAUUCAUUUUCAAAAGCCUUUAAUUCAAAUUAUGAACAGCGAACUGUGUUAUGGAGAGCAGGGUUCAAGGGUAAAUCAAAACCCAAUCUAUUAAAACAAGAGACCAGCAGCUUGGCUUGUUGCUUGAGAAUACUCUUUCGAAUGUAUGUGGAUGAAAACCGCCAGGACUCCUGGGAUGCUAUACAACGACGACUGCUUAGUGUAUGCAGUGAAGCCCUGGCGUAUUUUAUUACCGUGAACUCAGAAAGCCACAGAGAAGCUUGGACCAAUCUCCUGCUGUUGCUUUUAACAAAAACACUAAAAAUCAGCGAUGAAAAGUUUAGGGCACAUGCUUCAACAUAUUAUCCAUACUUGUGCGAAAUCAUGCAAUUUGACCUGAUUCCUGAGCUUCGAGCUGUGCUACGGAAGUUCUUCCUGCGUAUAGGUGUUGUGUUCAAAAUCUGCAUAACAGAGGAGCAGAUACGGACACCUGGGAUGAACUUACCUUCAUGGUAG